ACGUCAAGUAUUAAUUGUUACAUUUUUUACAAAUUGUGUUUUUAGAAUUCAAAAUGUCUGUGAGGGAUCGACAAAUUGAAGCUCUCAAGGGUAUGCUGAACCUAACAGGAAGUGGAGGAGACUCGUCAGACCCAACCUGGAAGGUUUUAGUUUAUGAUAAGACUGGACAGAAUGUUAUUGGUCCGCUGCUCUCUGUCAAGGAUUUGAGAGAACUAGGAGUAACCCUUCAUCUACCUCUUCAUUCGGAGAGGGAUUGUAUUCCUGAGGCCCCUGCUGUGUAUUUCUGUCUUCCUACGGAGGAAAAUAUUCAUAGAAUAUGUCAGGUAAAUUUAAUGGGACUUUUUACAACAUUGCUAUUUGGUUUUCUACAUUUACAACAUUGCUAUUUGUUUAGGCAAAAGCUGGAAGAUAUUGCUACUGCUGCUCUUCAAUCUAACACUGUAUCCCAGAUACAGAAAUUGUUUGAUCAGUAUGUCAACUUUAUCUCCCUGGAGAGUGAGAUGUUCUGUUUGAAGCAGCCAAAGGAUUCUAGUAUAUCCUACUACAACCUUAACAGAGGUUCAGUCCAGGACACAGAGAUGGAGGAGAUGCUAGAUACAAUAACUGAGUCCCUGUUUUCUCUAUGUGUGACCCUCGGCACUGUUCCAAUUAUCAGGUGUCCUAAAGGUAAUGCUGCUGAGGCUGUAGCAGAGAAAUUGGACAAGAAGUUACGAGAUAAUUUAAAGGAUGCAAGAAACUCACUUUUCGGCAGUGAUGGUGCGGCUGCCGGUAGAUACAGUUUUCAUCGUCCUGUUCUUGUACUAGUGGACAGAUCGGUUGAUAUGGCGACCCCUCUUCAUCAUACUUGGACUUAUCAAGCUCUAGCUCAUGAUGUUCUUCCAUACCAUCAAAAUAGGGUCACUAUACCAGGGGGAGAAGGUAUUGGUGGAGCUAGGAAGAAGGAUAAAGAGUAUGAACUGAGUACAACUGAUGCUUUCUGGAACAAACAUAAAGGUUCUCCCUUCCCUCAGGUCGCUGAGGCAAUUCAGGAGUCCCUAGAGGAAAUCAAGGCAAAACAGGAGGAUAUACAGAGGAUGAAAUCAGAUCUGGGUAAGGAUUUCCAAGAUGACGGAAAUAUAUUUAGUUUGACGGAUAAUACUGCUCGUCUAACCUCUGCCAUGUCUGAUCUACCGAUGCUACUGGAGAAGAAAAGAUUGAUGGAUAUGCAUACUUCUCUAGCUACAGCUGUACUUGAUAAUAUAAAGAAGAGAAGGCUUGAUGUAUUCUUUGAACUCGAGGAGAAGAUUAUGUCUGGAUCUACACUGGAUAAGAGUAUUAUUGAUAUAUUGAAUGAUCCUGAAAAUGGGACCCCGGAUGAUAAACUUAGAUUAUUUUUGAUUUACUAUCUCUGUACUAAUACAAUCACAGAUGCAGAGUUUGACCAGUACACCACAACUCUUCAGAAUUCAGGUUGUCAGCUUGCAGCACUCACAUAUCUUAAGAGAUGCCGUAGCUUUUCUAUGAUUGGAGCAAAAAAUUUCGAUUAUAACCAGGCUCCAGGAAUGACGACAACGAAGUCUGUGUCUAUGUUCAGUAAACUGAUGGAGAAGUCCAGCAACUUCGUGAUGGAAGGAGUCAAGAACCUGGUCGUCAAGAAGCAUGAUCUACCUGUUACUAAGAUUGUAGAUGAUAUAAUGGAACAGAAGACAGGAAGAUAUAAUGAUGAGUAUAGAUAUCUGGAUCCGAAGAUAUUGAGAGGUGGAGAUUCAAUACCAAGGACAAAGACGACUUUCAACGACGCCAUCUUAUUUGUGGUCGGAGGAGGGAACUAUAUUGAAUAUCAGAAUCUAACAGAUUAUGUGAAAGGAAAGAAUGCAGGGAACCCAGUUUCUGGGAAGAGGGUAGUGUAUGGAUGUACUCAACUCUGCUCUGCUGAUCAAUUUCUGGAGCAGAUCAAACAACUGGGAACUGAGAUUUGAUCAAUUAAUCAAUUAGACGAUAUCAUUCCCGAGCUCAUAGCAAUCAAUUAAUCAGUCUAUCAUUGAGCUGGGAUCAAGAAUUUCGUGCAUAAAAUAUCUUACAUAAAGCUCUUCUUGGAGUCUACAACCAUUCCAAUACCAACUUCUUGACAAGAGAAAUCCAAAAAAAUUGAAGUAAAAAAUUUUAUUUCAGAUUUUAGAUAAAAAAAAUAUUUUUAUAAAUCUCCCUCAAACCAGAUCUAAAUUAAUGAACAUAAUCCUUAAACCAAUGUGAUGAAGCCUUUAAAAAUUUUUAUUAUAAUAAUAUUUCUAUGAAGUUAUGUCUACAGAUGAUCCCCUUGUGAUACACAAAUUAAUAAAUCAAAUAUUUUCUUGUGUUUUCAG